CUCUCUCUCUCGUGUUUCAAAUGGCGAAGCGCCUUGUUCCUCUACUGAAUCGUGUAUUGGUUGAGAAAAUCAUCCCUCCAUCGAAGACCAACACUGGCAUUCUCUUACCAGAGAAGACCACCAAGUUGAACUCUGGAAAAGUUAUCGCUGUUGGACCCGGUCUUCGUGGCAAGGACGGGAACCUAAUUCCUCUUGCCGUGAAGGAAGGCGACACUGUCCUUUUACCUGAAUAUGGAGGAACAGAGGUGAAACUUGCUGACAAAGAGUAUUAUCUGUAUCGGGACGAAGACAUUAUGGGGACACUCCAUGAAUGAUUGGGCCGUUCUCGUCAACCAUUUAGAAGCUUGCUGUAGCAACUAUAUAUGUUACACUUUCCGCGAGCAGUUUACAUUCCGUUCUAAUUUUAAUAUAUCAAAUGUGUAUUUUGUUAGCAGGAACCAAAUAACUUGUGGUUUUAAUGUUAGUCCAACUUUCUAUAAUACAUUUGGAGUUUUGUUUUAAAUUUAGGAACUGUUAUGGAUACCAUAAAUUUCCUGUUUGCUAAUUUUGUUGUUUUGGCUCA